CGUGCCAUACGGUGUUCUAGUCUGCACCUACAGUCCGCCUGGCUCAGCCACGACAGCUAUUGGAUAUUUUGAGGACUUCUGCCAUUUGCUGCGUGCUUAGAUGUCCUUGAACCUUGUGUUACAUGCAGAUCAAGACAGGAUGGCAAAGGGAGCAGGUCUUGCCUCACAUCUGUGUACAUCUCUGGCCUUGUCGUACAUGUACAUAGUGAUCCUCAUCAUGAAUGCUAGCACUCUGCCAGCCUGUAGUGGGUCGGAAACCUCUGAGUGUUCUCGUCAGAGCUCGCGGGUUGCACGCGGCAUCUUGGAGCGGGAGGUCUAUCCCUUGCUCAACUCAGGGGGUGGAGCUUUGCCUCCUUCCUGCCUGCUCCUGCCGGCCAGAGACAUGUACCUGGGCCAGGAACAGCGCAAGAUCAUGGAGAACGCCAACAGGUGGUACUGCAACUACUGCGGCAAGGCCUUCACCAGCGAGACCUACCUGGAUCUGCACUUCGGCAACCGGCACAGUGACGCCGUUCCUCAGGAGCCCAGCGCCAUCUGCCUGGCCGACCACUGCGACUACCUGCGCUGUGACGUCGUGUCCGGUGCUCGUACGGCCUCGUACUGGGACAAGACGCUCUGCCGCCAGUCGGACCUGGACAAAUUGAGGCAGCGGUGCGAAGGGGUCGUGAAGUCUUGCCUCCCGGCGGGCCUCGAGGGGACGGAGAAACGUGACCUGCGGGACAAACUGCGGAAGGCCAUGUGCUCGCAACUGACCUGUGACCGCUACUGGGAAGCCCCUUCUCCCGCGAGAUCCCCUCACAGUACGGUAGCCUACGCGGUGCUGACAUGCAUCCUCAUCGUUGGCUUGUGUCUGUACUACCUGGUGGCCUAUACACACUUCUACACAGACAACUCUAUGCUGAAAACUGACAGCGAUGGGCUCUUCAGCCCAGUGGACAGUGAACACUACUAUAUGAGGAACCAUUAUGAAGGGGAUAUUCGUAGUAGGUACCAGCAGGUCUCACGUAGGUGAUACAGGAACGUCAGUAUACGUACUGAUCAGUGUUGCACUGAACCAUCAUAAUAUAAUUAGACCAUUGUUUGGGGAAAAUGAAUUUUAUUUGUCAGUUGAUCAUUUUAUAUGCACAUUUACACUUGAAAGUUAAACACAUCUCUUCAUUAUCAAGCAAAAUUGUAAAACAAAAGGAUGUCUUCAUUAUGAGGAACUGCUUGAACUUUUUUGUAAAUAUGAAAUUUUUCAUCAAAGAAUACAAAAUGGUAGAAUUUAUGAAGGACUCAACAGCCAGUCAUGCUAGCCCAAGUAUUCUGUUGGAAAAUCAAACAAGUUUUUGAAGGCAUUUGCUCUUAACCUCUUUGGUAUGUUCACAACAUCUGCUCCAUGGACGCUUAUGCUAACUAGAUUUAUUUCUCAAUCUUUUAAAAGAUGCUGAGAUUUACAGCAAUUCCCACUUUUUUUUUAACUUUUUACAUGGCAUGACAGCUUUUGAUUGCAUGCAACAACUUAUGUGUACAUGAGGAUCAUUAUUAUUCUGUGCACAUUGAGUUUGUCAUUUUCAACAGUUCCAUAUCAAAAUUAGUUUGAUAGUGUAUUUGAUUUUCGUCAGACCUUAUCCAACCUUAAAUAUCUUGGAACUCCCUAUUCUCGAGAUGAACAUAUUUUAUCUAAUUUAUUUCAUGAUUUUCUGUACAUGUAUUCUUGGUUUCAAAGAUUUGACUGUUUUUCCUUCAAACUGUUUUGUACACUUGAGUCUAGGUUUAUACAGAAUUUGAUGUGACAACAAAUGAAAAUGGCACAGACAUGGGUAAAGUACUUUGGUUUGUUUAUUUAUAGUACUUCAUCAGUAACAAAUUAAAAGAUUUAAUCAAAUAAUUGAUCAA